AUGCCUCCAAAGUUCGACCCAACUGAGAUCAAGAUCGUGUACCUCCGUUGUGUCGGAGGAGAGGUUGGAGCCACUUCCGCUCUUGCCCCAAAGGUCGGUCCACUCGGAUUGUCACCAAAGAAGAUCGGAGAAGACAUUGCCAAGGCCACCCAGGACUGGAAAGGUCUUAAGGUCACUUGCAAGCUCACGAUCCAGAACCGUGUCGCGAAAAUCGACGUCGUCCCUUCUGCAGCUUCUCUCAUCGUAAAGGAGCUUAAAGAGCCACCACGUGACCGCAAGAAGGUCAAGAACGUGAAGCACAAUGGUGACCUCACCAUUGACACCAUCAUUAAAAUCGCCAGGAUCAUGCGACCGCGUUCUAUGGCCAAGAAACUUGAAGGAACCGUGAAGGAGAUUCUUGGAACUGCCCAAUCUGUCGGUUGCACAAUCGAUGGCCAGCACCCACACGAUAUUAUUGAAUCCAUCGCCAACGGAGAGGUUGAGAUCCCAGCUCAGUGA